CACACUUGGCGAGCACGACAUCUUUCCCUGUCCGUUCCCGCAGUGCACAUAUUUAGAGCGUCUCCCUGCAGUCUGGGAGAUGUUUGUUGCUUUCGGCUACUUUGCUCGCUGAUCUCGACAUACACCCUCGCUUCCGGCGCUUUCUAGGUGAUCCUGAAGUUGCGCACGAUGGUUGGUAGCUUGGAAAAGGCGCCGUCCCCGGCUUAUGAUGCGGGCUCGCUCCACGACAAGGAGAGGGACCCGGAGAAGGUGCUCGAGACUCCGACGUCUGAGUCGGAUAGCGAAGCGAAUGUGGGCCUGCACGAGUUCGACGUCGCGAAGCAGACGGGUUUGCGCGUUACUCCAGAGGAGAGUAGACGGGUCGCGAGGAAGAUCGAUAUAUGGAUCCUGCCUAUGCUUUGUGUUUGUCAAGGCUUGAGUAUCUUGGACAAGUCGGCUCUGAAUUACGGCAACCUGUACGGCAUGAAGCGCGCAUUGCAUCUGACCGGAGAUCAGUACAGCUGGUUCGCCAGUGUAUUCUACAUUGGCUAUCUGGUUGGGAACUAUCCCGAUGGUUGGUUGCUCCAGCACUACCCGUCUGGGAAGGUCUUGGCAAUAACUACCUUCAUAUGGGGUACAAUCGUCCUAACCACCGCGGCAUGUACUAAUUUUGCGGGCACGAUGGCGAAUCGCUUCUUCUUGGGCCUCCUCGAAGCGAUCGUGACCCCCGGAAUGACCAUCCUGACUGCCAUAUGGUAUACUCAGAACGAGGUGCCUUUUCGCUCGCUCAUCUGGUACUCGUUCAACGGGUGGUCCGGUAUCUUCGGAGGGUUCGUCGCCUAUGGUAUUGGGCACAUCUCCCAUCCAGCCAUCGACCUCUGGAAGUAUGUCUUCCUGAUCCUCGGAGCUAUCAGCGUCUCAUACUCGUUCGUGCUGUGGUUCUUAUUCCCCGACUCGCCCGUCGAGGCUCGCUUCCUGACUGAAGAAGAGAAGAUCAUUGCGGUAAAGCGUGUUGCGGAGGGGAAGAUGGGCGUCAAGAAUAAGAAAUUCAAAUGGUAUCAAGUGCAAGAAGCCCUCAUCGACCCCAAGACUUGGCUUCUGUUUGUAGCUUCGAUUGCUGCUCAGAUUCCCAACGGUGUCAUCUCAAACUUCUCCACGAUCAUCAUCAAGGGCAUGGGCUUCACAACGCUUCAAAGUACUCUUCUCGAUGCGGCCUCGUCAGGCGUGCAGAUUUUCGGUUUGCUCUCAGCAGGGUUCAUUUGCAUGCGAUUCAAGAACAUGCGCGUAAUCACGAUGGCAGCAGGGAAUAUCACCUGCAUCAUCGCGGCAGCCUGCUUAACAUACCUUCCAUCUCACCAGCAGUGGAACCGACUUGUCGCAUUCUGGUUCACGCAGUUCCAGUCUGUGGGGUUUUCGCUCUCGCUGGUCAUGAUCUCUAACAACGUUGGAGGCUUCACGAAGCGGACCUUCGUAACUGCGGUCACGUUUGUCGGUUACUGCGUAGGAAAUGUCAUUGGGCCUCACUUUAUCCUCGAUAGCGAAGCACCCCGCUACACUACAGGAACGAAAGCCAUGUUUAUAGGUUACGUCAUCAAAACCGUCGCUCACCUUGCGCUUGGGCUCUAUAUGCUAUGGAGCAACAUCAGACGCGACAGAGAGCAAGGGAAGGUGACGUCACCCGGUGAUCAGCUGAAGGGAGAAGAGGCGGGGAUGCAUGAUCUCACCGAGUGGGAGAACAAGUUCCAUAGAUAUGUUUUGUGAAGGGCGCCCUAUCCGCAUGUCUGCAUACACCGAUCUGCUUUGCUCUCGCGCGGUCAAUUUGCAGCUGCUCAUUGUGCUACCGCGAGCCAUGACCAACGUGACACGAAAUCUUCUCAUGCAGUCACAUCCGUCCCUUGCUCACUCCGCUUCUUUCUUAUGGCAAUAUCAUACUUGGCCUAUGGAGGUGGUUCACUAGCGGGCGCGCCACGGCCUAGCGGGUUAGAUUCAGGCCUAGGUUCCGAAAAAGGACUGCGCACAUCUCCACUCGCGUCUAAUAGAAGUGUCGCAUACUCAACGAGGCGACUCUGACCCUCAAUUGCACAUGAAGUCACACGUCCGC